GCACUUGAUCAGGCAUUGUAUCGUAGCCAAUCACUGAAGCCCACGCCGCGAGAGACUCCUUAAACGAAUCUGACCCGAUGACUGUAUCUUCAGAUCCCAAAUAGAGCUGUAUCUUCGGAUAAGGACCAGUGUAGCCUGGGUACAUGUCUCUAAUAUUGCUCGAAGAUCCCGCGGAAUAAAUGACGGCCGUUUUGGAGACGUCGGGAUAAGCCCCCGCGCGUGUGUUCUGUAAGAACCUUGUUAGGAAUUUGGUGCUAUAUGUCUCUCAGGACCAAGCCCUACGUACCGCCAUGGUGCCUCUUAUUCCUUCGACACCAAUCACCCAACGACCGCACCGCACCAACAACCCUGUGUCACUCUACGCAACAAGCAACACAAGCGAGCUAUGAUUUACUAUCAAUAGCAGUAGGCAUAUUGCAUCCUGCAGGGCUACUACCGUAUCUACCGGUCCGCUGCUGGCAUUUCAUAGUAGCAGCGAGCCUACCCUUGCUGAGGGCUACAAUUCCGAAAGACAAACUUGUGUCCAGCUCACAUCCCAACGCCCAGCUUCUUGAAGCAGCCAUCGAUGCCAUCCGAGAAUGCUCGCCGCACGAUACGCCCAUGGCUGUCCGAUACUUUGAGUUUCUCGAACGGCUUGUCCGCUCGUCUUUAACGCUACCACCUCAUACAACUGAGCAUGGACAGGUUGUGCACCAUGACAUGAAUAAGAGCGUCGUGUCUCCUCCACCAGGCGGGUAUAUAGGAGCUGCGGACUCGGACUUUAUGACUAGCAUUGAGAUUGCGGAAUUAGGAGAUUUUCCGGCGCCUCUCAAUCACUAUUUCACAGACCUUCUUUCGAUGGAGCCCAUGCAUGUCGAGGGCGGUCUUUAGUGACUAACAUAUUCGCCGAUUGGGACAAAUAUCAUCGAUUUAUUAGAGAACUUAAGCCAGGGCUACAUCCCUUACUAGACAUAUCCAUACCCAAAGUAUAGCAAUAUUCUAUAUCUAUGGAAAAUUGGCAACUCUCUACCUAGAUUAACCUCCUAUUGCUACUUGCAAUCACACACUUUAUAUCCAGUUAGUGCAUAAACCAGAGCACUUAUAGAGUAUUCUCGGAGCAUUCAUAUACCGUCGUUGUAAAAGUGGCAGUAUCUGUAUUUGGUACA